CCUGCCUGGCCCCGCCCACCGCCGGGAGAACGGCUCUAAACAAAUCAUUCCGUGCCUGUGAAGCAGUACUGCGGAUCGCGACUGCCAGCUCGCUCAUGCUGCGCACACGAUCUCUGGCUGCUGACUCCUGUAUCUAGGGGGAUCUCGUGCGAUACUGCCGUGGGAAUAUAUAUAAACCGCAAACAUGUCACGGCAUCACAGGACGCCGCUGAAAAACGAGGAGAGCGUGGUGGAGGUGAAGAGCAAAUUUGAGGCCGAGUACCGAAGGUUUGCCCUGAAGAGGAACAGAGCCGGGGGCUUCCAGGAAUUCUACCAACUGCUGCAGACCAUUCACCGGAUCCCCGGAGUGGACGUGCUGCUGGGAUAUGCCGACAUCCAUGGAGAUCUGCUUCCAAUCAACAAUGAUGACAACUUCUACAAAGCACUGUCCUCAGCCAAUCCGCUGCUUCGGAUUAUCAUUCAAAGGAGAGAUGUAGAUGACCCCGUGCCCUUCCCAACAGGCUCACUUCAGAGAAGAAAAAAGGGCCUAGCUGGUCUACAUCAACCAAAGCAGAAGUCCAAACCAGCGCUGCUCAUCGGCCUUCCGCAGGAUUUCCGGCAGAUCUCUUCUAUCAUAGAUGUGGACAUCUUACCCGAUACGCAUCUCCGUGUCCGUCUGCACAAGCACGGCACCAACAAACCCCUCGGCUUUUACAUCCGAGACGGCGUCAGCGUCCGUGUCACCCCGCAAGGUGUAGAGAAAGUUCCCGGUGUUUUCAUCUCCCGCCUUGUAAAAGGCGGUUUAGCAGAGAGCACAGGAUUGCUGGGAGUCAACGACGAGAUUCUUGAGGUGAAUGGUAUCGAUGUGGCAGGUAAAUCACUGGACCAGGUCACUGACAUGAUGGUGGCUAACAGCCACAACCUCAUCGUGACAGUGAAACCUGCAAAUCAGCGGAACAACACGAUGCACCAUGCGAGUAAAACAUCAGCUGGUAACAGUUCCGCUGGUUCGGUAGGCUCCGCCCCCUCUCAUGACUCCGCCCCCAGUCCCGCCUCACAGAAUGCCAGCCAAUACAGCAACAGCAACAGUGUGGCUGAGGGUGACAGUGACGAUGAUCCUGACCUCAUCCUGGAGAACGACAACCUGUCGACGUACAUGCCACACCGUAUGACUAAUGGCAAUGGCAGCCACGCUAACGCCCUGUCGUCGGGUGCAUUUGCACACAGGCCCCUCCCACAAAGUGUUUCCUUGCCAAGUAGCAGCUCUUUAAGCUCCUUGACCACACCCACACACAACGGCAGCCCCACCAAGAUGAGCAGUAGCCAAGAAAGCAUGAGAGAGGAUGGCAACUUCAUUACGUUGUGAGCUACAGUAGGUUUUGAAACCUUUUAUGCACAUUUAUAAGAAAAUGAAGGAACUAUUAUAUCAUCAACUAUUAUUUCUCAGCCAUUACUUUCGCAAACAACACCCUAUUCACAUUCUUCCCCAAUGAAUGAAGACCCUCGAUCCACAUAGAUUGCACAAUCUAGCUUGUGUGUGAGGGCAUGAGGCUGUCAUCGUAU